UGGUGCCCGUGUUUCCGGUGGGACCGGGAUUGCAGUUGCAGCGGAAAGCCUGUGAGAUGGCGGUCGGCUCUCGGAGCGUUUAGGACCCUGAACCCGGAUCCGAGCACCCGGACCCCGAGCUGUCUGCCUCACCGCGUCCCUGUGUCUGACCCGAGCUAUGGAGGGCGGCAAACCGAGCCUGGCGCUGGUGUACCAGGCGGUCCAGGCCCUGUACCACGACCCGGACCCGGCCGGGAAGGAGCGCGCCUCGCUGUGGCUGGGAGAGCUGCAGAGAUCGAUGUAUGCUUGGGAGGUGUCAGACCAGCUGCUGCAGCUCAAGCAGGACGUGGAGUCGUGUUACUUCGCCGCACAGACAAUGAAGAUGAAGAUCCAGACGAGCUUCUACGAGCUCCCGCCAGAGACCCACAAUGCACUGCGAGACUCGCUGCUGACGCACAUCCAAAACCUCAAGGACCUGUCGCCCAUCAUUGUAACCCAGCUGGCUUUGGCGAUCGCUGACCUUGCCCUGCAGAUGGCGUCCUGGAAAGGAUGUGUUCAUACACUGAUAGAAAAGUACAACAAUGACAUCAGCUCAAUGCCCUUCCUCAUAGAGAUCCUCACCGUGCUCCCAGAGGAAGUUCACAGCCGCUCACUUAGAAUCGGAGCGAAUCGGAGGACAGAGAUCAUCGAGGACCUGGCGUACUACUCAAGCACCGUGGUUACCUUGCUGACAACCUGCGUGGAGAAAACUGGGAACGACGAGAAGAUGCUUAUUAAGGUGUUUCGCUGUCUGGGCAGCUGGUUCAACCUGGGCGUCCUCGACAGCAACUUCAUGGCGAGCAACCAGCUGCUCAUGGUGCUUUUCCAGGUCCUGCAGAGGGACGAAACCUCUACCAACCUCCACGAGGCGUCCUCCGACUGCGUGUGCUCUGCGCUUUACGCCAUAGAAAAUGUGGACACCAAUGUCGCAUUGGCGCUGCAGCUCUUCCAAGGUGUCCUGACGCUAGAGACGGCCUAUCACAUGGCGGUAGCCCGAGAAGAUCUGGACAAAGUGCUGAACUACUGCAGGAUCUUCACAGAGCUCUGCGAGACCUUCCUGGAGACCACAGUCAGGACCCCAGGACAGGGCAUGGGAGACCUGAGGACCCUGGAGCUGCUGCUGAUCUGUGCAGGACACCCCCAGUACGAGGUGGUGGAGAUCUCCUUUAACUUCUGGUACCGUCUUGGGGAACACCUGUAUAAAAUCAACGACCCGACUUUGCACGCCAUCUUCAGACCGUACAUCCAGAGGCUUCUGCACUGUUUGGCCCGGCACUGCCAGCUCGAUCCAGAUCAUGAGGGAAUCCCGGAGGACACGGACGACUUUGGCGAGUUCCGGAUGAGGGUGUCUGACCUCGUUAAAGAUGUCAUCUUCCUGGUUGGCUCCAUGGAGUGCUUCGCUCAGCUGUAUUCCACGCUAAAAGAUGGGAAUCCUCCCUGGGAGGUCACAGAGGCCGUCCUCUUCAUCAUGGCUUCCAUCGCAAAGAGCGUAGACCCGGAGAACAACCCGACGCUCACGGAGGUGCUGCAGCAGAUUGUGUUACUUCCUGAGAGCGUCCACAUGGCGGUGAGAUACACGAGUAUCGAGCUGGUCGGCGAGAUGAGCGAGGUCGUGGACAGGAAUCCCAGAUUCCUUGACUCGGUGUUGAACUACCUGAUGAAAGGUCUGCGAGAGAAACCGCUGGCAUCUGCGGCAGCAAAGGCGAUCCACAACAUCUGCUCCGUGUGCAGAGAUCACAUGGCUCAGCACUUCCACGGGCUGCUGGACAUCGCUCGCUCACUGGACUCCUUCGCCCUUUCCACAGAGGCUGCCGUCGGCCUGCUCAAAGGUACGGCUCUGGUCCUGGCUCGACUUCCUCUGGAGAAGAUCGCAGAGUGUCUGAGCGACCUGUGUGCUGUUCAGGUCAUGGCUCUGAAGAAGCUUCUGACCGAGCAGUCCACGAACGGUAAAUCAGCUGAUCCGACGGUGUGGCUCGACAGGUUGGCCGUGAUUUUCAGACACACAAACCCGAUCGUCGAGAAUGGACAGACUCACCCAUGUCAGAAAGUCAUCCAGGAGAUCUGGCCCGUAUUGUCGGAGACUCUGAACACUCACCAGGCUGAUAACCGCAUCGUGGAGCGCUGUUGUCGCUGCCUCAGGUUCGCUGUGCGCUGUGUCGGGAAAGGCUCCGCCUCCCUGCUGCAGCCGCUUGUCACACAGAUGGUGGGUGUGUAUCAGGUGUAUCCACACUCCUGCUUCCUAUACCUGGGCAGCAUCCUGGUGGAUGAGUACGGUAUGGAGGAGGGCUGCAGACAGGGAUUACUCGACAUGCUACAGGCUCUCUGCAUGCCGACCUUCCAGCUGUUGGAGCAGCCGAACGGUCUGAGGAAUCACCCCGACACUGUGGACGACCUUUUCAGGCUGGCCACCAGGUUUGUCCAGCGAAGUCCUGUCACACUGCUCAGCAGCAGCAUCAUCAUUCACAUCAUCCAGUGCGCCAUCGCCGCCACCUCAUUGGACCACCGAGACGCCAACUGCAGCGUGAUGAAGUUUGUCCGAGACCUCAUCCACACAGGAGUCGCCAACGAUCACGAGGAGGACUUCGAGGUGAGAAAGCGUCUGAUUGGUCAGGCUAUGGAGCAGCACGGCCAGCAGCUUGUCACUCAGCUGAUGCACUCAUGCUGCUUCUGUCUGCCGCCGUACACGCUACCCGACGUCGCCGAGGUGCUCUGGGAGGUCAUGGUGUUCGACCGGCCGACGUUCUGCCGCUGGUUAGAGAGCGCCCUGAAAGGUUUACCGAAGGAGACGUCAGGCGGCGCCGUGACAGUCACCCACAAACAGCUGACUGACUUCCAUAAACAGGUCACCAGCGCUGAGGAGUGUAAACAGGUGUGUUGGGCCAUCAGAGAGUUCACCAGACUGUUCCGAUAGCUGCAGCCUUCUCGCACCGCCAGGUAAAUCUUUUUGUUGACGAGCAUUCAGAGGUGACGGCAAUAAUCUGCGUCUGCAGACGAGGAUCCAAAGGGAUGAAGAUGAUGAAGGACUUCGAAUGUGAACAGGGCGGCUCACUCUGAAGGACUGACAGAUUGAAGACUGAUUGGACAGAAUGAGUCCACCCCAGCUCACCUGAACUCACCUGACCUCACCUGCAGCAGGUGGUGAGUGGGCGGGGCUGGGUCCGGCAGGUGGGCGGGGUCAGGAAGCUGCGGUCGUGAAUCGGAGGAUGUGCCUGGUCAACAGUUUUUAGAGAUUUAUUUUUGGACUUUGGUCGUGGUGUUUUUUUUUGUUUUUUUUUUUUUGUCCGUGCCAUAAAAGGAGCCAAAAGAUUUUCCAUGAUGCUCUUGGCUGCAGCGUGCUGCGGGAGGAUUUGGCGUCACCUUUGACCUUUUUAACUUUGGUUGAAUUUUAGUUGUUCUUCCACAAAGUGAAACAGAGUGAACUCUGGGUAAUGAGGCGGAGAGACUGACACCAUGACAUCAUCGGUGAUGUAGCCUUGUUGUAAACAAAUAAAAAAAAAAAAACUGCUCA